AUGUACGUCGUCCUCUCCAAGGUCGGCGACGUGCCGGCGGACGAGCUCCACCCGCAGGUCCGGAUCUGGGCGGGCAAGGUCCGGGAGCUCUCCUACAACAUGGAGGACGCCGUGGACGCCUAUAUGGUCCGGGUGUGCGACGGCAGCCAAGUUGAACUCGGCCCCAACAACUUGAAGAACAGAGUCAAGAAGUUCUUUAAGAGGACCAAGAAGUUGUUCACCAAUGGCAAGGCUCUGCAUCAGAUCUCCGGCGCCAUCCACGACGCCCAGGAGCUCGCCAACCAGCUGGGUGAGCUCCGUCAGAGGUACGAUCUUGUGGCAUCCACGGAUGGUGUAGCGAAUGCCAUUGAUCCUCGCCUCAAGGCUGUGUACAGGGAUGUCACAGAGCUUGUAGGCAUUGAGGAUAGGCGGGAUGAGGUGAUUGAGAAGCUUUUUAAUGGGGAUGACAUGUCUAAGCAGCAGCUCAAGACACUCUCUAUUGUUGGAUUUGAUGGAUUGGGCAAGACAACGCUUACCAAAGCAGUGUAUGACAAGAUCAUAAAGCAGUUCGACUGUGGCGUGUUUGUUUCGGUGUCACGGAAUCCCGACAUAACAAAGAUUUUCAAGAAUAUGUUGUAUGGACUAGACAGUAGUAAGUUUGCGAACAUCAACGAAGCCAUUAGGGACCAUGAACAACUCAUGAAUGAGCUGAGAGUGUUUCUUCAGGAUAAGAGGUACUUAAUUGUCAUUGAUGACAUUUGGAGUGAGGAUGCAUGGGAAAUUAUCAAGUGUGCUUUGCCUAAAAGCGAUCUUGGUAGUCGAGUAAUAAUAACAACUCGCAUAACCAGUGUCUCCGAAGCAUGUUGCCCAUCUUGUGAUGAUAUUAUUCAUAAGAUGAAAUCUCUUGAUAAUGAUGACUCCAAAAGGCUCUUCUACAAAAGAAUAUUCCCUCAAGGAAGUGAAUGUCGUGUUGAACUGGAGCAAGUAUCUAGAGAGAUUUUGAAGAAAUGUGGUGGCGUGCCACUAGCCAUCAUUACUAUAGCCAGUCUGUUAGCCUGUAAUGAUCAGCAGAUAAAGCCAAAGUAUCAAUAG